GAAUUCAGUGCAAUCUAAUGUAAUUCUCAAUAUACACGGUGACUGGAGGCUGUUAACAAUAAUAUUUUUUUUCUGCUCAGUCCUUGUGAUUAAGAUUAAAAACCAGGAUGCAGUCUCACCAGUUUGAGAAAACUAAGCUUACAUUCCAAUAACAAUAAGCACAUUAAACCAUAGACCCAUUUUUACAGAAAGAGGCCCUGAAAACAUUCUGAGGCACCAAGAGGCUUGGCUUACAGCAUCAAGCUGCUUUACAGCAUCAAGUGCUUAAUUACUGUAUGUACAGCGAAUCAUAUGACUGUCCUGAAAUAUUCUAAAGCCUACUUAAUAAGAUCCCGUUUGUCAACAAUUUUUCUUCUCCGUAUCUGAUCUUAAAAGAAGGUCAUUCUGUAACAUUUAUUUCUGUCUUCCUGUUCCUUUGAAUUAUUCAUAUGCUGCCAAGAAUGAAUCCGCGCCCAGCGGCCCGGGGCAGAGAGAUCGGGAGCGAGGAUGUCAACAUCGCUCAGAGCCACGAUCUCCGUCACCCGAAGGGCUCUUCGGUACACGCUGAGAAACUGGCGUAGGAGGUCAGCCUAUUUUGGGAUUGUUUAUUGCUUUGUUGACGUAACAGUACUGAGCACCUUUUAAACGCAGAAGCACAAUACAAUGUAGAUUGUUAUUAUUCAUAAUGCACACCUCUGUUCAGGAGACCUCUGAGGUUAGUAAUUCGGUCCACACGAAUAACAGGCACAAUAAUUUCAUCAAGAGUCCCAUCUGUAACAAAUUGGGAAUAAUAGCAAUCUCCUUCCCCAGUUCAUCUUAAAUUCCUAUUUUUACACCCUCUUCAGGGCAGAACUUGCCGGUGGGUGAGGGCGGGGCUACGUCAUUUCCCGAAAUCGCUGCUGUGGAAUUCUGCCCUCGAGUCGGGCGGCUUGGUCUAACAGUUCCGCGUUUCAGCAGCAUGAAUAAUCGUCGGAUAAUAAAACAAAUUUAAAAACCACAUUUUCCCAGUUUCCCUGACGUUUCGGCGAAGCAUUCCUAGGAGGCUAGGAGACUACUAAUCGUGUCAACGUUGACAGGCGAUGCCGGGGACAAGGGCAGUGUAGCCCUUAUUCACAGGGGGUACUCAGCCGCUACCGGCUGGCUGGACAGAGAGCAAGAGCUGCUGCUGAAUUCACACUUCCGACUCGCUGAAGUUAAAGCAAACCCGGAGCCGCGUCGCACUGAGACGCCGAAUUCAUGCUCUCUGCGCGCCCUGGGUCUCCACGAAACUAGCAGAGGCGAAUCUGUAUGUUAGGGACGUAUUAGCACCAAAUAUUAUCCUCAAUAUUCAAUAUUCAAAAUAUAAUAUAUUAUAUUAAAAUAUAUUAAUACGUUGCAAUUAUAUAUUUAUACAUUAUGAAAAUUCUGAAAUCGAAUUCUGAAAAUGAGGUAGCCUGCCUAUAAAUAAAUAUUAUACAUACAGACUGUAAAUGAUAUCCACAAUCGGUUACAUACUUAACAUUUGUAUUGGACAAAUCUGCAUAUUUUCAAUUUCAAAGAGUUGCUCUACGUCAGCGUCAUUAUUUCUCGUGUCUUCGUGUCGCUCCCAAACUGCCAUGCAGCACGCGAGUCCCUGUGCAUGAGAUCCGCCCCUUUCCAUUGCGAGUGGGCUGUUCCACAGCGUCGUGACGUCAUGCAUGAUGCAAGAGUGGAAGGUAUGUCUGUGUCUCCGCCGCGCGGCAGAGCUCUCACUCUGUCAGCGCGUGCAGUUGGAGCCCGGUGUGUCUCACGAGCUCCAGUUCCCGGACCUGUCUUCUGUGUAGAUCGGUUUUUAUUUUCUGAACUUUUCUAGAAUUUGUAUCCCUUGGCUUGCUGGUUAAAAGUUAGCAGAUGGCUGAAAAAACGGCGCUGGACGUAGACGCGAAACGCACCUCCAACGGGGAGGUGUACCAGGAGGAGGGGGUGGCCAACGGCGCGGAGGGGCACAGGGAGCCGGCCCGCACGGACACCGCGAUGGACAGGGUCAGGCGCGCCGUCCUGGCCAACCUGAUGGUGAUCCUGACCGUAGCCGGGGUCAUCGUCGGCGUCUUGAUUGGCCUCGGGGUGAGGAACGCGGAACUGAGCCGGACCCAGAUCAUCUAUUUCGGGUUCCCCGGCGAGCUGCUGAUCCGCCUGCUCAAAAUGAUCAUCAUCCCCCUGGUCGUGUGCAGCCUGGUGUCCGGCGCCGCCAGCCUGGACCCCAAGGCCCUGGGCAAGCUGGGCGGCUGGGCGAUGCUCUUCUUCCUGGCCACCACCUUGAUCGCGUCAGCCAUCGGGGUGGCCAUGGCCUUCAUCAUCCAGCCGGGCAGCGUCACGGGAGCCAAGCCCAGGGUGGCCGGACUGGACGAAGGGGUGCCCGAGUCCAAGGAGGUGGUGGACUCCUUCCUGGACCUGAUCAGGAACAUCUUUCCCUCCAACUUGGUGGCUGCAGCAUUCCAGUCAUACACUACGAGCUACAAGCUGGUCAACAUGACGAAGAACAUAACAGACGAAAAAGGGGUGUAUCUGAGCUCUACCAUCGUUGUGGAGAAGGUGCCCUUUGGCAUUGACGCAGAUGGAAUGAACAUCCUGGGCCUGGUGGUGUUCGCCAUUGUGUUUGGCGUGGCGCUACGCAAGCUUGGUGAAGAGGGCGAGAUCCUCAUCAAGUUCUUCAACUCCUUCAAUGAGGCCACCAUGAUCCUGGUGUCCUGGAUCAUGUGGUACGCCCCGUUUGGUAUCAUGUUCCUAGUGGCAGCGAAGAUCGUGGAGAUGGAGGAUGUGGCCACUCUGUUCACCAGCCUGGGGAAGUACAUCUGCUGCUGCAUUGUGGGCCAUAUCAUCCAUGGCCUGGUGGUGCUUCCCCUCAUCUACUUCGUCUUCACCCGGAAGAACCCCUUCACCUUCCUAUGGGGCAUUGUCACUGCGCUUGCCACAGCUUUCGGCACGUCCUCCAGCUCUGCCACACUGCCGCUGAUGAUGAAGUGCGUGGAGGAGAAGAACGGCGUGUCGAAGCACAUCAGCCGCUUCAUCCUGCCCAUCGGGGCCACGGUCAACAUGGAUGGGGCCGCCCUGUUCCAGUGCGUGGCUGCCGUCUUCAUCGCCCAGCUCAACGACUACCCGCUCAACUUCAUCCAGGUCAUCACGAUCCUGGUCACAGCCACAGCGUCCAGUGUCGGCGCAGCGGGGAUUCCAGCAGGGGGCGUCCUGACUCUUGCCAUCAUCCUGGAGGCCGUGGGUCUGCCCACAAACGACAUCUCCCUCGUCCUGGCAGUGGAUUGGCUAGUUGACCGGACCUGCACUGUCAUCAACGUGGAGGGCGAUGCCUUUGGGGCGGGGCUUCUGCAGUUCUCUGUGGACCGAAAUGCCCAGAAGAGUGUGGGGGCAGAGCUAACGGAGGUCAAGCUGGGGGAUGACCUCCCCCUCAAGGAGGAGGGCACGCCCCUCAUCAAGAAGGCCGAGGAGGUGCUGGCAGACAGUGAUGUCUCCAGAACUUGCGAGAAGGAGUCUGUCAUGUGAGCUAGCCUCAUUUCAAAAACACUACCUUCACCUCAGCGGCAUUGGCUCACAGAAGAAGAACAAACUGCCAGCUGAUGAUAUUUUGCGAAGUGUCAAUAUUUUUAAGAACCCAGAAAUGUCAAGAGCCGUCAGUGAUGUUGAUUCAGUCUCGCCCCUCCCCUCUGGCCGUGGGUUUUUAAGGGUAUUAGAUAUAUCGGUCAUCCUCCAUCUUAUGUCAGCAUCUUUUUUUAUUUAUUUUUAUUUAUUUUUUUAGGAAAUUACAGAAAGCACAUUCUAAAUUUUCUUUUUGCAAACAGUUCCCAUUUCUCUGAAGAGCAUAUUGGUCUGGAAGAAUGCUGCCAGUAAUCAAGGAUUGAUGUUUUCUGACAGUUAACCAGUGAGCUGUUCUGUUGUUGAAAUCUUUCUCCUGGUGAAUGACUUGAUUUAUUGUAUUGUAAGUUGGUGAACUUGGGUGAAAAGGAUUUCUGUCUCUUUUUGUACUUUUACCACAACCCAACGUGGGAGACAUGCUGCUCCUAGUCCUUGCGUUUUCAAACGCACCAGAAGAGCCAAGACUACACUGCAGGAGAAUCUGCCUCUAAGAGGCUUUACUAGGUUAGGACAACUCCGGUGCUCAGAAGCAGCUAACAUGAAGAGAACACUGAAAUGCCGGAUGACUCAGCUUGUGGAACUUCCAAUCCACUCCGUUUUGCUACCACAGGCCUUCUGAUCUUUCUGUUGAUAAUUAUUAGGAACAGUUAAGGAGCUGGUUGUAUCGGUAGUUCAGCAGAGCAAAUGGGCCAGCCCGAAAGUCCAGCAGUUCUGUUUAAAGGCGACAGAGACAGUGGAGAAAAACAAGACUGGGGAGCUCUCGGACUCGGGAGAGUCGCUGAACUCUCUCGACUCGGAUGUUAUCGGUUUUGUGACUAAUCCUCUUCUCCAGGGUGAAGUACAGAGUGAACAUGCUCUCGUAGAAUAUUUCUAAUCUGAGGGACAGAUAGUGCGUGAGCUUGUGGAUAGUGGGACAGGUCUGGAUUCCUAAAUGUUGCAGCUCAGCUGGUGGGCCCACAAGAACCUGUAGCGUUACCCUUAAGGCACCGACACCGUUCUCUCUGCUGUUGGCAUCCUGACAGCUUCUCCCCUGGUCCAGGAAUCGGGGCUUUCCGUGCCCACCUGCUAGCACAGGUCAGCUCCACUGUGGGAGACGUCAUGGCAAUAAUUCUAAAGUCACAUUUUCUUUCGAAAACAUCAAGUUUAACCAUGUAUUGUCAGAACGCUGCUGGUGUGCUACUGGUGGCAGGAUAGAUUCUAAUUCUGUGUGGGACGGAGGCGCAGCAGCUGUAUUCUGCCCAGUGCGCUGCUGCGUGUCGGCACUGUGAGAUCUGUGCUGGUCUGGCUCACCAGGGACGGCUGCUUAAAGUCUCCCUUUCCAUUGGCUGCCCUGGUGAAGCAGAGAUCAGUGCGGAUUUUGAGUGAAGAUUUCUGUAACGUGUUUCCUCUUGCUGUGUACAGUAGUUAAUAAGUCAUAAACAAUCUACAGUUAAAACAGAUUCAGAUGUCAACAAUGGAGAAAACGGUUUCUUAUGCAACAUUAUUCGAAGCCUUUUUCAAGGCCAAAGGUCCUUACAAAUUAUUUCUGCUGGAUUAUGUUAAACUUACGAACUGUUUCUGGUAUUUAUAUAGAUCUUUUUGUUCUAUGGCCAGUGAUACUGCCAUGUGUGUACAUCCACAUCGGUUACAUUUAAUCAUGUUUUUUUAUCGGAUUCUGUACAUACAGUUGCUUAUCCUUAGAAUGAGCUUUUUCCCUGUGAAGCUGCUUUGUCUUGUCUGCGGUGGGGCUGUGGUGUCUUGCUGGUGUGCCGCAGGGCCGGGGGUAGAGGAAACCCAAAUACAAGCUCAGGACGAACAAGGCCAGAGCGCCGUCUGUCUGCCAUCAGCGUGGGCUGAAGCCGAGAGGAGGACGGGCGUUGACACCCAGAAACGGACCAAAUCGCUGUGCAGUGGGAGUCAUAUCUGUCCCUCUGGGGGAAGGCCUGGAGCUUGGUGUUCGACUGCUGGGCCCAGCUGGGACUGCUGGGCCGAGGGGCUUCCAGUCUGUCCCCCCCCCCCGGGUGCAAACUGAUUCCCUGGGUCUCAUUACUGACGAGACUGGACAUUAAAUAUUUUAAUUUCGGGUCGUUCAGUUGAUUUGAGCGACCAUGUCUGAGGUGUGUGUGAGGCUCAGACACAGCCCAGUUCGUUGGCGGAUCCCAGCAGCUCCCGUUUCCUGGGGUCUCAUUUCCCUGGAGCGUCUUUGUAUUCCUGCUGCUUUUCUGUUGAGCUGUCGGCUUUUCCCAAUGCUCCAGUCUCCCCCAUGGACAAGGGUGUAACGAGCCCCCUGUGUCAGCUCAAGAACUCCAGGGAGGCUGUAACCCUCUCUUAAUGUCUGCACAAACAUGCUCUGUCCUGUAAAUGUAUUUCUUCAGUGUUGCCCAUCAGAGCUCUCCUGGCCUGACAGGAACUCGACCGCCAGGGGCUGCAGCAGAGCCGAGCGGCCGGGAGUCUCGGAUUCCGCUGCUCCAGCACAGAGCUUCCCUCAGUCAUCAUCGGUCUGUUUUCAUCGGACACCUUUCUUUCUAGAUGUUUAUUUUAACAUGAUGGCAGUCCAGCAAAGCUGUUCUUAAAAAAAAAAAGAUACCUUAAAAGAAAGAUUAUCUAUGGCUUUAAUAAGUGUUAUGUGUAUUUUGUGAAAGCCAUCAAAGAGGUAUAUAUGUUUUGUAAGAUUAUAUACAUACCAAUGCGCAUAUAUACAGUAUACGUGUAGUCUGUGUGAAUAUGGAAGUAAGUGGAUGUAUUUCUGAAAUGGAAAGUUGAGGUACUGUAAUACAAACGGCUGUAAUUCUGGUGAGUGAGGGGAAUGCUUAUGGGGACACACUGUCUCUCAUCUGUCUUUUCCAUUCUGUCAUGUUCUGCUGUCAAUGAUUUUUUUUUUAGUAAAUUGAGCAAGUGGCCAAUGUAUGUAAAUAAUAAAGUUUUUAUUGGUGCAAGA